CCGUAAGCCCGCCCAUCAGGGAAACGGCACCUCCCCCGCCGGCAUGAAGCCCCCGCAGCGGCGGCGAGCGGCGCCGUCGCGCUAUCUUGGCGAGGUGACCGGUCCCGCGGCCUGGAGCGCCCGCGAGAAGAGGCAGCUGCUACGCCUCCUGCAGGCGCGGCGGGGCCAGCCGGAGCCGGACGCCACCGAGCUGGCUCGGGAGCUGCCGGGCCGGAGCGAGGCCGAGAUCCAGGACUUUCUCCGGCAGCUCAAGUGCCGCGUGGCCCGGGAAGCCAUUCAGAGGGUCUAUCCAGGUGGCCCACAGGGUCGAAGGCUCCGGGAAACGCAGAUCCCAGCCCCCAUUGAGGUAUGGGUGGAUCUGGCUGAGAAGAUAACAGGCCCGCUGGAGGAAGCCCUGACUGUGGGGUUCUCACAGGUGCUCACCAUCGCGGCCACGGAGCCUGUCAGCCUCCUGCACUCCAAGCCCCCCAAGCCCACGCAGGCACGUGGAAAGGUACGGCUGCUCAGUGCCCCUGGAGGGCAGGAUACCCCUAGCUCCACCCCCGAGGCCCCCGGCCCCGCCCCCGAGGCACCUUCAGAAUCCGGGGCCGGCCUCUCGGGCCAGGGAGACCUGUCUGUGGACUUCGAGAAGAUCUACAAGUACCUGUCAGCCAUCUCCCGCAGUCACCAUGGCCCUGAGCUUUCUGCAGCUGAAUCAGCUGUGGUCCUUGACUUGCUCAUGGCCCUUCCUGAGGAGCUGCCGCGCCUGCCCUGCGCCGCCCUGGUGGCACAUAUGACAGAUACAUACCUAAGCCUGACGGCCCCUCAGCCAGACCCAACCAGGGAGAGCCUGGGGCCCAAGGCUGGGGGCGGUGGGACGGGCUCCAGGGAACAAGAAGAGGACGGCCAGGCUACCCCCCACGCCCCUGAGAAUGCUGGGCCUGGUGAACAGAGAUCCACUUGGCAAGCAGCUGGGGUCUGCCCCCUGAAUCCGUUCCUGGUGCCCCUGGAGCUCCUUGGCCAGGUGGCUCCCCCUUCAAGGUGAAGGCCGUGCAGGUAGAGGCCACCCUAGAUGUCUGUGAGUUCCUGGCCCUCAGCCCUGCUCAGUGGCCCUAGGUUGUCCUGAGGGUCAGGUCAUGGAAGGCCCCCUGCGCGGUGCACAGGUGGUAUACAUAGGGCAGCCCUUAAUAAGAUGCUGGAUGCAGUGGGGUUUCCACAGAGGAUGCGCCAUGGUCCUAGGGGACCACUGAGGCAGCUGGGCCAAAACCAUGGUCAGAUUCUACCCCCCUACCCCCCACCCCACUUCCUACCUCUCCCAUGUCUGAUCUGUGCCCUGUAACUGAAUAAAGCUUUCGUCCGU